CCCAGCAGCUGGUGAAAUGGGACCAGGGCACUCAUGCCCACGGGUUCUCUUCCCUCCCGACAGGGCCGCCACGCCUCUGGCCUUCCCUGACAUGCAGAGAGUUUCACAGCCCGUCCAGGACCAUGUCCCAGGGGCGCAGCCCCCGGCCCAGCCCUCCAGACCCCCGCCCGGCCAGCGCCCGCAGAGGACCAGCCGCAGCCUCUGCAAGUUUGAGGACCAAGUCCUCUGUCCCAUCUGCCUGGAGGUGUUCCGCAGCCCGGUCACCACCGCCUGCGGCCACAACUUCUGCAUGACCUGCCUCCAGGGGUUCUGGGACCACCAGGCGGCCGAGGGCGAGACGCUCUACUGCCCCCAGUGCCGGGAGAGCUUCGCCUCCAGGCCGCGCCUCUGCAAGAACGUCACCCUGGAGGAGAUGGUGAACUGCUUCACCCAGGCCAAGAGCCCGGCCGCGGCGUCCUCCUGGAAGCUGGCCGGGCCCCGCGACGUGCCCUGUGACUUCUGCGGCCCCCAGAAGCGCCGGGCCGUCAAGUCCUGCCUGCAGUGCAUGGCCUCCCUGUGCGAGAACCACCUGCGCAGCCACGCGGAGGACCAGGUGUUCCGGGACCACCAGCUCCUGGAGCCCCUGUGGGACUUCAAGAGCUGCCUGUGCCGCAAGCACCGCAAGCUGCGGGGGCUGUACUGCCGCACAGAAGGCUGCUGUGUGUGCGGGACCUGCCUGCUGGAGGAGCACCUAAACCAUGACACCGUCCCCCUGCAGGAGGAGCGCGCCCGCCGGGAGGUGGAGCUGCGGCAGGUCCAGGCCAACGUGGAGAACCAGAUGCUGAUGAUCACCUCCGACAGCCAGAAGCACCGCGAACAGGUGGCCUUCCUGCUGAAAAUGAUCCAGACAAUGCGAGAUGAGGUGCACUCCUGCUUCUCGGGGAUCAUCCAGGAAGUCAAACAGCUGCAGACGAAGGUCUUGGAUUUUGUGGAGAAAGAGGAGGCCGCCGCCCUGGAGAAGCUGGGCAGCUCCAUCCAGCAGAGCCACACCUGGCUCCUGAAGCUGGAGGCGGACAGCAUCUGGCUGCGCACCCUGCUCACCAACCCGAGUGACCAGCAGUUUCUGCAGGCAAGACCCACCCACCUCCGCGCCUGGCCCUGCCACAACCUCCACUCCUCCACCCACAGACACGCCUCAGCGUUUGGGGCGCCUCACUGGUCCACUCCCCUGCCUCCCAGGUCAUCUGUCCUGAGCUUACACCCACCCCCUGGCUUCCUCCACCUCAGCACCCAGCCUGGCCCUAACGCUCCUGCCUUCUUGUCCCUGGAACGGAUGGGAUGUACCCUAGGGUUCUGGGCAUCUGACUGCUAAGUUUCUCCACAUGCCCCCAGGCAGGGCUGGAAGUGAGACAGAACAACCUAUGAGCCCGGAUUAAAAUCCCAUUUCUUUCCCCAGCCCUGGCCUGGCACCACAGCCUGGUUGGGUGCUGCUGCAGGGGGGUACCAGGCAGGGUAGCUGGUGGGGUCAGGUGAAGGCUGGGGGAGAGCCUUCUCUCUGGGCGGGGCCGGGGGCUGCCCCAGACCUGUGCUUGGAACUCCUAGCACAGCUCCCCUUCCUUCAGUGGCCAUCGCACCCCCGAGCAGACUUCGAGGGCUGUUCCUCCCCUGUCGUCGUCCCCCCCCACCCGCCACCAGGAAGCGUUGGCAAGGUUUUUCCUAAGCAAUUAGAGGCUGGAAGAAGUCCUGCCAACACUGUUUUCUAAAAAUCACUGUGUAAUGCACUAGGCCAGGCCUUUGGCAAAGCCCUAAGCUACGAUGUCCAAACGCUAGGAGCUGGGGAGGGAGAGGCCCAGGUUUGAGAGCAGCAGUUUCUCCACCUGCCCCACGCUCUGGGCACCACCAAGCCCCUGCAUAGGCGGGAACACCUGGCACCUGCUGGGGCCCUGGUGAAAGGUGGCACCACUCUCGCCCCUCCCCACACGCAGGAGUUCCCCAGGCUAAAGAGCUUCCAAGACUGCAUGGAACCCCUAAUGGGCACCAGCUGGGAGGAGGAGCAGAGCUUCCUGCAGCUACCCCAGACCCUGGCGGAGCUCCGGAGCCGGCUGGUGGGCACGGGGCUCAGCUUCAUCAACCAGCUCCUCCUGCAGGGUCAGUACCUGCGGCCUGGGCCACUGGACGCUCCCUGUCAUUCUGGGGCAGGGACAGCCCUGCAGGGCAGUGGCUGGGGUGGUUUCCGGGCAUCGUAGAGGGCUCUGCCGGCCAGUGUGCCCCUUCCCCAGGUGACGCCUCCUCCUGGAAGCCCACGCCUCUCUGCGGAAGGAUGCUGGGCUGGGCGUGUCCUCAGCAGAGCCCUCCAUCUCCACAGGCAUUAAAAUGAACUCCUACGAGGUGCUGCCCCCCACCGUGGACAGGAAUGCACUUCUCAAGUGUGAGUCCUUAGUCCUGGGGUCCCACCGCAGGGGGGGAGGAAGGGAACAGGGCCCCCAGGUGCCUCAACUUCCCCAGCUCCACCUCCACUCGGGCCAGGGCUCCAGAGAGAUGCCAGCUCUCUCUUGCCUGGGACUGGAGGCCUCAGAGGGACUGGCCUGUGACUCCGAGGCCCUGAUAGGAAAGAAAAGACUCUACCCUGUCCUACCCCACGGGUGGGCAAGGCCUCACCUACUGCCCAGAGGCCCUUCAGCCUUCCCUGGCCCGUGUCGCACCACCCUGUCCUCCGCUGGGUGCCUGACCACCUCCCUGAGCUUUAGCCAAGCCAGUCGGCAGACCCCGUCCAUUUCCGCCUCCGUCUCCCUUCCCGCUUGACGUUCCCACAGCCCUCCCUCGCCCAGGCUGGGCUGGGGGGCCCAGGCCCAAGGACUUCCCUGCAACCUCCAGGGUUAGGGAUGCACUGCCCUUGGUGACCCCUCCCUCUGAGUGACCUCCUCCGGGAGCCCUUGACUCCCCCUCAGUUCCCCUCUAUCUUGCAUCCUGAAUGAAUAAAAGGGAGGUUGUGUGAGGGUCUGUGAGGGCACAGAGGGCGCCUCAGCGCUCAACGCUUCUAGAAAGGUGGGCCUUGGGCCCUGGCCAGUGUGGGCUCAGUUGGGUGGGCAUCAUCCAGUG